AUGGCCAAAGUCGUCUAUGUGGAAGUGGUUAGUGAUCACAUCUGUCCAUUUUGUUAUGUAGGAAAGAAACACUUGGAGGAAGCCAUAAAAGCAUGUGGCGACGAGGUCGAUGUACAUGUUCGCUGGUUGCCGUACAUGCUCAAGCCAGACGUACCCACGGAAGGCAUUGCUGUGGGCAAGAAGAGCGGUGGUAAUAAAGAUAAAACACUCGCUAAUAUGGGCAAAAAAGUGGGGAUCAAGUUCACGGGAAAAGCAAGCAAAACACCGAACACAACGAUGGCACACAGUCUAAAGCACUAUGCACUCGAGGAACUUGGCAGUGAAGCACAGACUACAAUGCAGGAGAAGCUGUUCAAAUCACACUUCACAAGCGGAGCGUUCCUGGGCGAUGUGGAUGUGCUUGUGCGUAUAGCCAAGGAAUGCGGUCUAGAUGGCGAGCAGAGUCGAGAGUAUAUACUCAGCAAGGAGGCCGCUAAAAGCACGCAGAAAGAGUUGGACAAGUAUAAGAAAUUGGGUAUCUCUAGUGUUCCAAGUUAUGUGAUGAAUGGAUCAUUCGCGCUGAAGGGUGCAGAGUCACCAGAGGCGUUUGUCAAUGCAUUCAGAAGCUGUCCGGGGUCUAAGUCUUGGGUGUGGUCAAACAAAAAGUAGUACAAUAGACGCCUGGUUCAAACCUGUACCACUAUUUAGCGAACUAGAACGA